GUGAUUCAUUGGUAAACUACGAGCAUAACGGUGUACCAUACGUAGCUGAAGUAACUAUGAAUGAAGCCAAUGACACAGAAGCUGAAAAUGUGGGUGGUGGUGCUACUUAUGUAGUUAAUAAUGACGAGAGCGGAGAUGAGUCGGAUAGUGAUUAUUCAGAAAAUGAUGAGGAACAACAUGUUUAUGACAAACUCAAAAGCAGAACAUGCCCCCAGGUGUUGGUUAGUUCCUGCAAGAAAAUGAAUGCCGCACAGAAAAAAGCAAUUAAUGAGAUUGGCUUUGGAAGUAUAUUUCAUCUAAGCGUGAACAAAUUACCAAGGAAAUUGGGAUAUUGGUUGCUAGAUAAUUUUCAUCCCAAGACAUGUGAGAUAAAGCUACAAAAUGGAUAUAGUCUGCAUAUUGAAUCUAAAGAUGUAGCGUUGGUCUUAGGGUUUCCAAAUGGUGAGAGUGCUAUACAAAAGAAAAGGAAACACGAAUGGUGCUCAUUACUUGAAGAGUGGAGUGGGAAAUUCGUUAAAGACAAGAGGAAAAUUCUUCCCACUGAUGUGUCAGUACAAAUGUUGUCCAAUCAGGAUGGGGGCAUAUGGUUCAUUCGACAUUUUUUGGUUCUUCUCACCUCAUGCUUGAUAGAGACAUCAGGUACUGGAUACAUUUUACCGCAAAUAAUGUCCCACUUCAACAAUACAAGUGCUGCCCGACAUCUCAAUUGGUGUGACUAUGUGUUGGAGUGCUUGGUUAACCAUCACUUGACUUGGGCCAAAAACAAGAAAAAAAGUUUCAACGGGCCGAUCUUUUUUCUGUUGAUGUUCUAUGUCGAUCGAGUUGUUAUUUACAAAAGAAUUGUGCCUAGAUGUUUGCCGUUGGUAAAAGGUUGGACAGACAAAAUACUACGAGAAAGGCAGAAGACCGAAAUUAGAUCUGGCAGAUUUGGGGGUGGGUACCCAAGCGAUCCGCACAAAUCAAAUGAAGGCUUGGUCUAUGAAAACGUUGAGUUUGCUCAAAAGGCAUCAUUUGCACUAGAAAUGGUGGCAGAAGCUCCAAAUACCCAUCUUGAUGGCAAUGCCAAUUUAGAUGCAGCUGAAUCAUUCAUGACUGAAUUUUUAAGAAAAAGCAAGAUGGUUGCCAAUGCAAUAGUUGACAUGUUGAGGGUGGUCGAGCAGGCACCUAAUAAACUUAGUGAACACUAUGACUAUAAGAUGGUGGUUGAUACAGCAGGAUCAUUGUUGGGUUGCAGAUCAACUGAAAAUAACUUGCAUAAUGGUACGGAACCAUCUUUAUCUCAGAACCAAGGCUCACAAUUAGAUGAUGCAUUCUGGAGCGACCCGGAAACAUUAGCCAUAAUUGAAGAAAUAGAGAAUGCAGUCAUGAAAAGAGACGAAUUCAAGAAAUCUGAGGAUGACAUACCAAGUUUCAGCCUGGGCUUGACUCAAGAAUUUGCUGAUAAGAUCGAUGUGGUUGUCACAAAAAAUGAUCAGCCAUGCACGUUGAUUUCACCACAAGUGACCUCUAGGAGUAUGCAAUCCGCAGAGAAAAAAACACCAAAAGGCACGAUUGCAGAUCAGACAAACAUGGAUGUGUGGGAAACGGGUAAGAUUGAUAGCCCUGCAGAAGUGUUCUCAGAUGAAGUUUUCCUACCAAAUGGCCAGUCCCUAAAUCAAAUAAAUAAGAGAAAGAGGGAACAGCUUGAAAACAAGAAAUGGAAAUUGAUAUGCAGUCCACCUUUUGGUAAUAGUGAGCCUACGACACAUAAUGGCAAACAAAAAAAGAAAGUAACAUUUCUUGAAACGCCUAACCACCAAACAUCCAGAGAAAAGGAAAAACAGGAUAUGCGGGAAAAUGAUAAUAGUGGUAGCAGUCCACCUUUUGGUACUAGUGAGCCUGCGACAGAUAAUGGAAAACAAAAAAAGAAAGUAACAUUUCUUGAAACGCCUGGGAAGGAACAACAGAUUUCUAUGAUGGUACAUCCUGAACACGAGAAUCAUUCACUUAUGCGGGGUUGUCACAAUAGCGGAGGGGAAUGGAGAUUGAUAUGCAGUCCAGCUACUAAUACUAGUGAGCCAUAUAAUAUCAAUGAAAUGAAGGCAUUAACUUUUCGUGAUACGCCUGACCAACGAAAAUUCAAAGGAAAGGAAAAACAGGAAAUGUUACCCUCAACCAACCACUGUAUGGAGCGGCGAAAUAAAAAAGAUGUAAGAAAAAGCGAGAAGUUGUUAUCACCAUACUAUACCCGCGUGCUAGCAGCCACAUCUAAGUUCAACAAAAAAGAGAGAGAUUUAUGCUUCUGGAUUUUGGACGACGUGGAUAAAAUGGAUGAAGCAGUAUUCUCAAGUGGUCACAUUGAGUGUUUGAGACGAGAGUUAUUAACAAUUAGACCAUCACUAUUUGUGAGCACUACUGUUGUAGACAUAUGGGCAAUUGUUUUGAAUAACCUGGAGUUGUUAAGGUCACCAGGCUCGCCACUAAGAUUCUUUUUUACAGUCGAUACUUGUGCUUUCACUAUCGUUAACCCAACAAAGGGCCAGAGCAUCGGAGAGAGACGUAUCAUGUUUUAUGACAUGAUGAAAGAACAACUAAAAAGGGCAGGCCAGCAGCUUAAGAACAUUGACAUGCUUUUUUUUCCUAUAUACCAAGAAGAGCAUUACUACAUCAUGUGUCUGAAUCUGAAGAAAUUGAACAUUGUGCUGAUUGACAAUUCAACUUCUACAACAAAUGGUGCUAUUGAUAUACCAAGUACACUG